ACCAACAUUAAUACACACCAAAAAAAGAUGCAUAACAUGACUGACUCUCUACCGGUCAGAUCCAACCCAUCAGCCAGACCCAUAUCCCGUCACCAUUCCGCAAACUACAUUGUUCAUCGAGUCAAAGAAAGCCUCUCAACAAGAGUCUCCAAAUUCAUAUGUGCUAUUUUCUUAACGCUUUUGCUAUGUUUAGGCAUUGUUUUUUUCAUCUUAUGGAUCAAUCUACGUCCUCACCGACCUCGUUUCCACAUCCGCGAGUUCUCUAUCCCCGGUUUGGGCAACACCGAUGGUUUCGAGACCUCUCAUAUAAGCUUCAAGAUAACGGCUCAUAACCCAAACCAAAAAGUUAGUGUUUACUACUACUCCAUGGAAGGAUCCGUUUACUACAAAGAGAAACGGGUCGGGUCGACUAAUCUCACUCACCCAUUGUACCAAGACCCAAAGGACACGAGUUUGAUCGAAGGAGUCUUACGUGGACCCACAAUGGCGGUGAACAAGGACCGUUGGAAGCAGAUGGGACGAGACAGGAAUCAAGGGAAGGUAGUGUUCCGUUUGGAUGUGGUGUCCACGAUACGGUUUAAGGUGUACUCGUGGCACAGUAAGAGGCAUAAGAUGCACGCAAACUGUUAUAUUGAGGUCGGCUGGGAUGGCAUGUUGUUGAGCAGGACCAAAGACAAGAGAUGUCCGGUUUAUUUCUCUUGACCAAAUAAUGAUUUGAACUUCUUUUUUAUCUUUUCCUAUUAAUAUGAUUCUAAUUUUAGUAGUUCAACAUAUGGGCGGGCUGUAUUCUAAACAUUUCUUAUAAUGGUUCCAAAAAUAUCCUAAAAUAAUGAUUCAUAUGUGUA